AUGAGUCCCAGCUCUGCUUCCUCCAUCCCUCACCUGCCAGAGCCCAUAACCCCGCCAAAGGACGAAAAACAGCAGCCCCGGAUCCAGCCCCAUGCGACGCCCAUGACACACCUACAGACCAUAGAAGAUGCUUCAGAUCUACAGCUCCUGGAGGACGAUGAUCAGAUCUCGCUGCUUCCCAGACUCCUUAGGAUCAGCAGAAAAGAGAUGUUCGCCCUGGCCGCGAAGGAGCUGAAGCUAACCAUCCAGUCAGAGGCAACCACACAGACUGACGACGGCAUGUUCGUCAGUAGACUAACCCUUGGCAAUAUGCUGGCAAGAGUUUCCUAUGACAUCGAAACCAAAGAAUUUAUUGGCAGUGCCGCAAUCUCGAAGAACUUAGCGAUUGAGAAUGCAUACCACAGUAUACUUAGGUACCUUGAAAACGAGAAACGGAUUGAGAUUGAUGACUACAAUGCUGAACGUGUCUCAGAACUAAAGGGCGACAUGUUUUUCUCUAAAACAUGGCUUAUGCUAUUUGAAGAUAAAGCUAAAAAACUGAAACAAUAUAUCAGUGCAAAGAACACGGCGCUACAACGGGGUUUUCACUCCUUCAAUUCAGUGUGCCUUGAAAAGUCCUCCAUGGUCCCCCUCCUCGCAUGCAAGCAGGCAUCACCAGCGAAAAAAAGAGCACGCCAGCAGCCGAUUUGUAGCAGCGACAACACAGAUCCGUCGUCGGUUUACUCCAAGCUGUCCAUGACCUUGUCCAAGCUACGUGCGGAGCUGCUCCGACUUCUUGAACCUGCCGACCAGGACAUGUCCCCCCCAUCCGAACACGCUACGACCUGA